AAAAAAGAAAAAAAAACUGUGCAUCUCCUCCUCCUUCCUCCUCCUCCUCCUCCUAAAACCCUCUAACAAAAGCAGCGUCUUGUCAUUGUAGUUGUAGUUGUAUCUCUACUCGGCGCCGCCUCUGCCAACCAUCCCUCCUCCUUCCCUGCUUCUGCUAUUCUCGAUUAAUUGAUGGGUUCGUCAAAUAUCAGAGACGUUUUAACUUGUUUUAGCCCUUCUCUUGAUUUCUUUGCCACUACUUCUGGCGAUGGCCGAAUUAAGAUAUGGGAUACGUUGAAGGGGCAGCUCCAGACUGAAUUUUCUGAUAUCCAAUUGACCGAAGAGGCAAAUUUGUUUGCAAAGCCGGAGAAAAGAGGGCACCUUUCUAUUGAUUACACUUGUAUGAAAUGGGUAUCUUUUGAUAAGAAGAAGAAAAGGAAGCUAAACACUUCAUUGUUAGUGUUGGGAACAGGCAGUGGUGAUGUAUUGGCGUUGGAUGUUUCCGCUGGUCAGUUGAAGUGGAAAAUCAAUGACUGUCAUCCUGGGGGAGUUACUGCUAUUGCAUUUGCUUCUAGAGGUUCUUGCUUGUAUACUACUGGAGCUGAUGGAAUGGUUUGUGAAGUUGAUCCAACUACUGGAAACUUGUUAAGAAACUUUAAAGCUUCAGCUAAACCAGUGUCCAGCAUGUGUGUUUCACCAGAUGGGAAGACAAUAGCAACUGCGGCUUCUCAAAUGAAGAUAUUUGGUCCGGAUCAUAAAAAGAUUCAGAAGUUUACUGGUCAUCCUGGUGCUGUUCGUUGUAUGACCUUGAGUGAAGAUGGAAAGUAUAUGUUCUCUUCUGCUGUUGGGGAGAGAUAUGUUGCAGUCUGGAGGGUAGAUGGAAGCAAGAAGCAGUCUGCAAUUUGUGCUCUUGCAAUGGAACACCCUUCUGUUUACCUAGACUGUAGAUAUGUAGACAACAGUGAUGCAGACGGAGCAGGCUUUUACGUUGUUGCCAUUUCAGAGCUGGGUGUGUGCUACUUCUGGUAUGGGAAAGAUAUUGAGGAGUUACGUAAGGCAAAACCUACGAGGAUCUCCUUAUCUGUUGAGGAUGCUUAUGAAAAAAACCACAAAGGUGCUUCAGCUGCCAUAUAUGCUGCAAAAAUCCAAAGUACAGCUGACGCUGCCGCAGUUUCAAUGUUUCUUGCUCAUGGUUUCUUGAUCAAACCGUCGUUCGAGAAAAUUUUGGUUCGUCAUGGGGAAGAUAUACAGAUAAACACCUCGAAGAAUGGAUUGCUUCUUCCAUUUAGCCAGACUCGUAAAACUAAGAAACAACUGGAGCUACAAACCGGAGCAACGGCACUAGAUCGUGCAAACGCGGAAGGAGCUUUGCAUCCAGUACCAAAGGUUCUUGAUCAUGACAGAAUGAAGCAAGAUCAAUCAAUCAAACUUGACAAUAAUAAAGUAGAAUCCGUAGGCACCACAGCUCAUUUUGAUGUCCCUGGAGUGGAUUACACAGCAUGCCCCAUGGAAAAUAGACUUAAAACUCUGGGAAUAAUCAGUGAUUUUGAUAGUACUACAGCCAAAUCAAUAAGAACUUCCAGCUUACUAAAGGAUAUCGAUAUCGAAACUGUUUUACCUCUGAAGAAGAUGAGGGCAAUCAUCUUGUCUAUGCCCCCUACCGAUGCAUCCAAGAUAUUAAACAUUUUGGUAGACAUGUGGCAGGCAAGGUCCAGCAGUGGAAAGUUUGUUCUUCCAUGGAUUUAUAAUAUAUUGGUGCAUCAUGGUCAUCAGAUUUUAUCUCAGGAACCAGAGAAUACUACAAUUUCUUGUUUAUAUAAGAUUGCUAAAUCAAAGGGGUCGGCUACUCAGUCUUUGUUGCAGUUAUCUGGCCGUUUACAGCUUGUUACUGCACAGAUCGAUAAGGCUACCCAGUUAAAGACUCAGCCCUCGCUACCUGAAAAUGAGAUGAUUGGAAGUGAAGAUGAAGAUGAAGAUGUUGAUGAAGUUUUGUUUGGGGAAGAGGAUGAAUCUCCAAGUAGUAGUGAAGACAAUGAUGAUUAAGUGAUGAGUUCAAUGCUUUGGAUCUAUGUUCGUUCAUUAUGAGAUUGAUCAGGCUUCUCUCCAUCUGGUUACCAUCUUCUGCAAGAAUCCUGGAAAAUGUCUGUGAAGCAGUAUGUCUCCUUCUAUCCUUGCGCAUAGCUGCACUAUUUUGUGCUCAAUUUUUUGUCCACUGUAUGGAAUUUUGAUCUCAAUGUGUAAAAAUAUUGAUAGGUUAUUUAAUAUACGUCUUCUCCAAUCCA